AUGAGUCCUGUGAGCAGUGACGCCACGGCUGAGAGUGUCUUUGACCUGGACUAUGCUUCCUGGAGGAUCCGUUCAACGCUGGCAGUAGCUGGCUUUGUCUUCUACCUGGGCGUCUUUGUGGUCUGCCACCAGCUAUCAUCCUCUCUGAAUGCCACCUACCGCUCUCUGGUAGCCAGAGAGAAGGUCUUCUGGAACCUGGCAGCCACUCGGGCCGUCUUCGGUGUGCAGAGCACGACUGCAGGUCUGUGGGCUCUGCUGGGGGACCCUGUGCUCCAAGCUGACAAAGCACUUGGCCAGCAGAACUGGUGCUGGUUUCACAUCACCACGGCUACCGGCUUCUUCUUCUUUGAAAAUGUGGCUGUUCACCUGUCCAACCUGUUCUUCAGGACUUUUGACUUAUUUUUGGUUGUCCACCACCUCUUUGCCUUUCUUGGGUUUCUUGGCUCAAUGGUCAAUCUCAGAGCUGGUCACUAUCUAGCCAUGACCACGUUGCUCCUAGAGAUGAGCACACCCUUCACCUGUGUUUCCUGGAUGCUCCUGAAGGCUGGCUGGUCAGACUCCCUGUUCUGGAAAGUCAACCAGUGGCUGAUGAUCCACAUGUUCCACUGCCGCAUGAUCCUCACCUACCACAUGUGGUGGGUGUGCUUCUGGCACUGGAGUGACUUUGUCAGCAGCCUGUACCUGCCCCACUUUGCACUGUUCCUUUUCGGGCUGGCCCUGCUCACACUCAUCAUUAACCCCUACUGGACACACAAGAAGACCCAGCAACUUCUCAAUCCUGUGGAUUGGAACUUUUCACAGCCCAAAGCCAAGGGCGGCUGGCAGGGAAGAACCAAUGGUCAAGUGCCACAGAAGAAGAGGCUGUAGCGCCCAGGUCCCGGGUGGACUGUGCUGCCCAGUGGACCACGAUAUCUGGUAUCCUGGUUCCGGGGUUCUGCAAAGCGCUGUAGAGACUGACUUUCAAAGUUGUGAAUGUAGCCGGGCAUGGUGGCGCACACCUUUAGUCCAGCACUCGGGAGGCAGAGGCAGGCGAGGCAGGCGGAUCUUUGUGAGUUCAAGGUCAGCCUGGUCUACAUAGGGAGUUCCAGGCCAGCUGGGGCUACAGGGAGACCCUGUCUCAAAAAAACAAAAAAAAGAACAAAGUUGUGAAUGAGUUUAGAUCAGGUAAUGUACUAAUUUGUGUAUUAGUAUUAAUUCUAAAGUAGCCAUGAAGUGUUACUGGGGAUUUGGUUUACCGUCAGGAGGUGUUUGAUCCUCACUCUCACUCUGCUGCGUGAGUCAGCAUCAGGGAAGGAGCUGCAGUGGCCUGGUUUGCUGAGGAGGACCAGGCCUGUCUGAAUACUUGACUGCGGGUGUGGAUGAGUCAACAUGCUCACAGUCUGCCGCCUUAUUUGGAAGUCAUGUUCAUUUUAGUUGUAAAGAAUCAUCCUAAGAAAGUAAUGUGAUUUGCUAACAUUUGUUAAAAUUUUCCAGCAUGUUGUAGAAUAUUUAAAUCUGCUGGGCAGCAGCACCAUCUAGUGGCAAGUGGCAGAAGGACACAGCCCAGUGAAGAGUUCUUGUCAGGAGCCCUAGAACUCACCCAUGCACCCUGGAUGGCACAGGCUCUGAACUCGUGUACUUUUCCUUUUUCAAUCAAGGAGCCUAUUAACAUAUUUUACCUAUUUUAAAAUGAGAAUGUUUAUUGGAUAUUUCUUUAUUGACACAACUGAGAUUUUUAGAGCUAUUUUUAAUUGACCAAAUUGUCCAAAAGUGGCUGGCCUAGCCCUGAGUUCUGAGGUGGGAGCCCCCAUUCUACUCUGUAAAUUUUAAGGCAGGUCAUUGGUGACUUUGUGUGCUGUGCAGGAAUCCUGGACCCAGAGACGCUCCACCUGAGAACUAGAGCCCAGAACAGACAGUUGCCCCACAUAACUAUAGGCAAGUUGUUCUUUGCUGUUGGUGGAUGGGACCUCCAGACACCGGCUAGCAGAGAUGUUGACAGACACACAAACUAUUCACCGUGAGUCUACAGUUAAAGUACAGUUUAUUUUUAGCAAAACUACUUUGAAAAGGUGUUUGCUCAUGACAGUCAUGUGUGAGGAUCAUGGGCCUCAGCCUGUUUGAUUACUAGUGCUUUAACUUUAUCAAGAUGCAUAGUACAGCCAGGCGUGGUGGCGCACGCCUUUAAUCCCAGCACUUGGGAGGCAGAGGCAGGCAGAUCUCUGUGAGUUCAAGGCCGGCCUGGUCUACAUAGUGAGUUCCAGGACAGCUGGGGCUACAGGGAGACCCUGUCUCAAAAAGACUGAAAAAAACAAAAGAUGUAUAGUACCUAUUUAUUUAAUUAUAAGACAUUGCUUAAUUGUGUCUCCAAGAUUACCAACUGGAAACUUGGAGCUCCUAUAUCUGCUUUGUCAAACCCUUUCUUGAGGCACCAGCAAUAGUUGGUAGUUUUCAACUGGGCAGAAGUUUAAUAAAGUGACUGCUGUGUACAGAACCCAAACCCA